AUGGCUUGUAGCAAGAACGCGGAAAAUGACUACAGACUGGUUGAAGAUGAGGAAGGUUUAAAGAAUGCUAUCUCCGAACUCAAGCAGAAAAGAGAACGUAAUACUUUUUUGGCUGUUGAUUGUGAAGGUGUUUCGUUGAGCAGAAAGGGAGCGCUGACUAUCAUCACGGUCGCAACUGAAGAGAAAGCCUACAUAUUUGAUGUGCUUAAAUUGGGACAAGCCGUAUUCAGUGCUGGACUUGCCAAAAUACUUGAAGACAAGUCCCAAGAAAAGUUGAUGUUCGAUUGCCGACAAGAUUCAGACGCUCUUUGGCAUCAGUUUGGUGUAAAGCUAACGGGAGUCUUGGAUCUUCAGCUUUUUGAAGUCAUCUACCGCCGCGAAUCCACUUUUCGGCGUCCGAGGGGGCGGAACAACAUCCGUCGUAGCCAGAGAACAGAUGAAGUAGAGAGAAUCAAUGGUUUUCGUCGUUGCCUUGAGCUCUAUGUUGAAGACCCAAAUUACAUCAUCGUCAAGGGGAAAGGAGGAGCUAUCUUAAAGAGAGACAGCGAAGUGUGGAAAAAAAGGCCUCUGGCAGAGGUGUUAUUACAGUACUGCGUUGUCGAUACAAAGGCCAUGUUCAAGUUGUACGAUAAGAUGAAGAACGUAAACGGGGGAGAUCUGGAACGUCUACGAGUUGCUUCUGAAAGGUAUGUCGACCUGUAUCGAGGCCGAGCCAAAAGGUACUACGAUCGCUACGAAACACACGCUUAUCUUCCACUCGACAUCAUUCCAGAUGAAGGAACUCUUGAUUUUGCUCCCGCGAAUACUGCCUGCUCCCUUUGCCAUCGAAAUGUUUCCUAG